UGUGCACAGACUUCACACUUAUCGGGUUUGUUACCCUCAUAUUUUGGAAGUAAUCCUAACUUCUCCAUGCUAGACAGCUUUCUAUAAUUUACAUAUCCUAGCCUAUUAUACCAUAAUACAGAGGAAUAAGCAAAAGAGGAUACUUCAUUUACAACUGAGUUGGGUACAAUAGUACUAAUCUUAUACAUGCCAUCAGUACGAUAUGCAUUGCCAAAAUAUAUUUUCUUAAAAGAUAACACAGCAUUUCCUCCUUAGAAAUCCAGCCUCAUAUCAGCGUCACACAGCAGGCUUCCAGAGACAAAGUUUUUGGUAAUGUAGGGAACAUAUUUCACAUCCUUCAAUGUGAGAGUCUUCCCUGAAGAAAGAGCCAGCACCACAGUCCCAGUUCCAAGAAUAGGAACCACAGAACGAUCAGCCAUUGAUACGCUCUCUUUGGUAGCAACAUAGGAAGAUAACAAAUCUCUGUUGGAGCAGACAUGACAGGUAGCACAUGUAUCUAACCACCAACCAGAGACUUUGUUGGGAGUUGUCACCUGAAAGAGCAUAGCCAUACAAUUAUCAAGUUGAUUAACAUUGUGUAUUGUUCCCUUCUUUGGUGUUUUGCAGUCUUUGGCAAAAUGUCCUUACUUCCCACAAUUGAAGCAUUUGCCGCUCUUCUUGAAAUCGUUCUUCUGAACAUUCAGGUUCUUCAGAUUAUGAUUCUUUUUUACUCAUCGGCUCAUCAAAUCUCAACGAAUCUUCAAGGGAUCAGGAGGAGGACGAAGGCGGUGAGAGAAAAGAUAGGUCGCUUCUUCGAGAUGAUCAUCAACGAGCAUCUAAUGUUGAGGGAGAAGGGGCAAAAGAGGAAGAAUGAUUUCGUGGAUGUCUUGUUGGAUGCCAAGAAUGAUACGGGUAAUUUGGAGUUGCGAGUUUGCAUGAGUAGCAUCAAGGGUAUACUUAUGGAGGUGCUCAUAGCUGCUCUAGAUUCAACUUCCUAUGCCAUCGACUGGGCCUUCACCGAGUUGAUAAGGCAUCCUAGGAUCAUGAAGAAGCUUCAAGACGAACUGAUGAGAGUUGUGGGCCCUCAUCGAAUGGUCGAGGAGUCGGACAUACCGAAACUCGCCUAUUUGGGGAUGGUGAUCAAAGAAUCACUCAGGCUCCAUGGGUUAACUGCCUUCGUCUCCCGCCGCAACAGGAUGGACAUCUCCCUUGAUGGCUACCGUAUCCCAGCCGGCUCGAACAUCACGUUAUGCUCUUGGGCGGUGGCCCGGGAUCCGGACUUCUGGCCCAACGCCGAGGAGUUCAUACCCGAGAGGUUCGAGAAAACCAGCCCGGAGUUCAAGGGCCAUGAUUUUCACUAUUUUCCGUUUGGAUCCGGCCGUAGAAUUUGUGCCGGCAUGAGCUUCGGGCUGUCGGUGGUGCCGCUGGUGCUGGCCCAGCUAGCUCAUUGCUUUGACUGGAGGCUUCCGCAUGGCGUGUCGCCUUCUGGGUUGGAAAUGGAUGAGAGGUUUGGGUUUAUUAUGUCGAGGGUAGCUCAUUUAGAGGCUACUCCAAUUUCCCGCCUUUCGAUUUAAUUAGCCAAAUUAAUUAAUGUGUGUAACUGUUGCUUUGUUUUGAUGUAGAUUGGGUUAUAUAUUAGAAAAGUUGUAAUGGUAGAUGAAAUUUAGAUAGAAAAUCUUA